GGUACUUUUCAGAAUUUUAGUGGCUUUGACGUUCUAUCACAGAAAUUCACUACAGUUCUAUAUGAAGUUAAUAGGUAAACAAAACGUUUUCACGCGGCAUUUACGAACUUUUACGACGCUGCAAAAUUCUAAUAAACACUUCAGUGGAAUAUAUAAUUAGAAAGAUAAACACAUACUACGUAUGCGUAUGCGUGUGUUUGUUUUGCGUGCCGUAAAUAUAAAAUAUAAGAAACAAAUUAAAAAAUGCAUAUAUGUAAGAUAUAUGUUCAACUCAAAGAGGUUUGAAAGAUAAUAACAGUAAUAAUAAUGUAAUAUAAAAUAUUUAUAUAAAAACAGCAAAAACAAUAAAACAAAAAAAGGUAGCAAAUUUAAAUAGAUAUAAUAACAUUUGAGACAGCAACAAUGUUAACAAAAAUAAAACAAAAAAUCAUUUUACACUAUAUGAAGAGAGAAUUCUUUUGAUUCUUUUGAAAAGAAAAGAAAGCAUUAAACUACACCCGAGACUUAGAGCAAAGUCGAAGUGACUACGGCCGCGAUACACGAUACGAAAUUAAAGAAAAAGUUUCUUUGCGAAUAAUCCACAAAACACACGUAUCAACAAUCACGAUUAUGGAUUUUAUACAAGAUAUAACAAAGAGACUACAAGAAUUACUAUCCUCGUAUAUCGAUUUGGAUUAUUCAUUAUGGCUGUAUCGCUUACUGACACCGUUAAUUGUAACAUUCCUUUUGCCCUUGGUGUUUGUGGCAUUAAUUUACAUAUCUUUUUUAGUGUUAUUCAUUUACAAAUUGCACAGAGAAGUGAUUUUACGGGCUGUUCGUACCGAUCGAAGGUUUUGGGAAUUCGGACGUAAACUGGUGGCAGCCAUUUGGGAUGCCCAUGGGCGCAUUUAUCAUGGCUACGAGGUUAUCGGAAUGGAAAAUAUUCCGGAUAACGGUCCUGCUCUAAUUGUUUACUACCAUGGUGCCAUACCGGUGGAUAUGUAUUAUCUUAAUUCGCGAGUUGUUUUACAAAAGGAUCGCCUCAUUUACAGUAUAGGCGAUCGAUUUCUGUUUAAAUUACCCGGUUGGGGAACAAUAUCGGAAGCGUUUCACAUAAGCCCCGGCACGGUACAAUCUUGUGUGAACAUUUUAAAUGAAGGCAACCUAUUGGCCAUAUCACCGGGCGGUGUAUACGAAGCGCAAUUUGGCGAUAAUUAUUAUGAACUAUUAUGGCGUAAUCGUGUCGGUUUUGCUAAGGUGGCUUUAGACGCUAAGGUACCAAUCAUUCCUUGCUUUACACAAAAUUUACGUGAAGGCUUCCGUCAGUUAGGUAUAUUUCGAAAUUUGUUUUUAAAGCUAUACAAUGCAGUCCGAAUACCAGUUUAUCCAAUAUACGGCGGAUUCCCCGUGAAAUUUCGCACCUAUUUGGGUAAGCCGGUAAAAUACGAUUAUAACAUAACACCCGAGGAGUUACAAGUUAAGGCAUUAUUUUGCACAGGUGGCUCAAGCCUUAGAGGAUUUAAUCAAUAAACAUCAACGUGUUCCGGGCAGCAUAUUCCAUGCGCUGCUGGACCGUUUCCCACCAUUUCGCAGUAAAAAAUAUGUUUAAUUGUUAAGUUUAAAAUGUCCCCCCUCUUGAAUUAAAAAUAAAUAACAAAACCAUGUUAAUAGUCUAUUAAAUUAUGAUAUUGAAACGAUAUGUUUUUCUCGAUUGUUGUAUAUUCAUUUUAUAUCUAUAUAUACAUACACGCGUGUACACACUUUAUUAACUACUAUAAUUAAGCUUCCAGAAAUGUCUUCUUUUUCUUCUUUGUUUUUU